AUGGCGACCAGCGAUAUCGAAACCCGGCUCUUCAUCAAUGGCGAGUUCCAGCCGGCCGUUGACGGCAACGUCUUCAAAUUGAUCAAUCCAUUCUCGCAAGAAACUGUUGCAGAGGUCCACGAAGCAAACGAAAAAGAUGUAAACAAGGCCGUCGCCGCCGCCAAAGCGGCGUACCCGGCCUGGCGCGACCUCAGCCCCGUCGACAGAGGUGCCUACCUGCACAAGAUGGCCGCAUUGAUCCGCGAAAACAUGCCAGAAUUUGCCCGACUCGAAGCCCUGUCCACCGGGAAGCCCGUCGCCUCCUACUUCGACGCGCACCUCGCCGCCGAAGUAUUCUCAUACUACGCCGAGGCCGGGUGGAACGUGCAGGGCUCCUCGAGCCUGAACACCCCGGGCCACCUCAACCUCACCAUCAAGCAGCCAUACGGCGUCGUCGCGUGUAUCAUCCCGUGGAACGUGCCGCUGGCCUUCUUUGCCAUGAAGAUCGCCCCGGCCCUGGCGGCGGGCAACGCCGUGGUGCUCAAGAGCAGCGAGAAGGCGCCUUUGACGUCCCUCCUCGGCGCGAGGCUGAUCGAAAAAGCCGGCUUCCCUCCCGGCGUCGUCAACAUCCUCUCGGGCUUCGGCUCCCCCGCCGGCAGCGCGCUGGCGUCGCACAUGGAAGUGCGCUGUCUCAGCUUCACGGGGUCCUCGUUCACGGGGCAGAAGAUCCAGGCGGCGGCGGCGACGUCGAACAUGAAACACGUGCACAUGGAGCUGGGCGGCAAGUCGCCGGCGAUCAUCUUCGACGACGCGGACCUCGAGAGCGCGGCGCAGCAGACGCAGUUCAGCAUCCAGCUCCUCAGCGGCCAGACCUGCAUGGCCAACUCGCGCGUCUACGUGCAGGACACCGUGGCCGAGAAGUUCCUCGCGCUCUUCAAGGACAAGUUCGGCGGCAAUGCGCGGCUCGGGAACCCGCUCGAGCAGAGCACCUCGCACGGCCCCCAGGUCGACGGCAUCCAGUACAACCGCGUCAAGUCGUAUCUGGCCAUCGGGGAGAAGGACGGCAAGCUCACGCUCGGCGGGGACGGAGGCGAUGGCUACUUUGUCAAGCCGACGGUGUUUGAGGACGUGCCUGAGGACUCGCGCAUCAUGAAGGAGGAGGUGUUUGGACCCGUGGUGGUCAUCAACACGUUCAAGACGGAGGAGGAGGCCAUUGAGAAGGCGAACAACACCGAGUUUGGCCUGUAUGCGUCCGUCUUCACCAAGGACAUUGACCGGGCCGUGCGCACCUCCAAGCUGCUCGAGGCGGGGACGGUGGGCGUCAACUGCACGAGUCCGACGGUCGCGCGGGAUAUGCCCUUCGGUGGGUUCAAGAUGAGCGGAGUUGGUCGCGAGGGCUACAUGCAUAGUUUGGACAACUAUCUGGAGACAAAGACGAUUCUGAUCCGGACUAGCUCGUGA